AUUCCAUAGCUUGAUGUAAACUUGCAUUUUAUGCACCUAUUUCAGAUUUAAGAUAGGAUAGAAUAGAUCUGUCCUGAAUGUUUGUUUGCCGAGGUGUGACUUUAGUAUGUUAAGAAAAAAAUAUACCUGCUCAUUUUUUAAACAUACAGUGCAUGUAAAAUCUUCGUGGUCGGAAUAAAUUUUCACUUAAAUAUUUAAUUUUCUUAUAAAACAAACCAAAUAUGCUAGUUUUUUUUUUAGUCUUUUGUUAGCUCGGGAUCACAUACCUUACACAUCCGGAUCAACUUUCUUUAUUACAAACAAUGGUGUAUUUUACACAUUGGUGACGGCCGCUCAAAAAUUUCGCGGACACGGCUACUAUCUAUUCCUGUGGACGAACUUAACAAAACCAUAACCACGUGGUCCAGAAAAAAAAUGUCGACUUCCGACACAGUUUGCAAAGAGUUGCAGAUAUUGACGAAAAAACUUGAAGAUUUGGAAACCUCAAACUCAAUGGUUAUAAGAAAAUUAUCUGAAAUUAAUAAAAAAAGGUUGGAAAGCCCUAUGAACACAACUAUUACAGACUUGCAGAGUACCAUACAUUUCUUAAAAACCCAAAGUGGAAAUAGAGAUCAGCAACUUAGGAUAAUAAGAGAAGAGACAUCCAAGUUAGAUAAGAGAGUUGACCAGCUUUCUAAAAGCAUAAAUCGUGUACAAAAAACAACAUAUCCUUUGUAUCGAAAUGCAGGUGCUGAAACAACUGGAUUAAAUAUUCCAAACUCAAAUGAAGGACCAAAGUCAAGGACUCUGGAGCAAACUACUUCACUAAUUGAUGUGUCUGACACACUAAGGUCCGAACCUCCAAAGAAACUGAAAUUCCAUUUUUCCACAAAUUCAGCAGAGGUUAAGAGAAAGAGAAAAUCAGACCAACCUCUUCCAAGACAACCUCUUGCUAAAAACGAUAUUGGACUGAAAUGUCGUUCCGUUUGUACUGAUGAUGACAAUCGUGUGAAAUGUCUAGAAGGCAGAGACCGGGAAUUAUUUAAAACUCCAUCAAAAAGUUCGUCGCUUGAAACAGACGAUAAACUUAAUCUUCCGACUAGAGAUGAAUGGAAAAGGAAAAAACUCCCGAGGAUACGAGAAAUGGAUGGAACCAAACCCAAAUUAAAACUGAGUCCCCAUUAUCAAGCCAGAACACAGAACGAAUUCAGAAAUCUUGCUGGACUUAAUAAAGAUCCAAACGACCAACCAGACAUCAAAGAUUUUAACAGCUGGAUAACUUUAGCUGAAAAAGAAAGACAAAAAGGACUAUCCAUGAAUUUUUUGAAGACAGGACAAGGACCGGAUACUUGUUUAUUGUUAGAUCUGUCUGGAAGUAUGGUUGGUGAGCCGUUUAAUGAAAUGAUGGUGGCAGUGCGAACAUUUGUUGAAGGCAUUGCAUCUGUAUUUGCUACACAGGGGAUAGAGGAAAACCUUGGAAUCGCUACAUUCGGUGAACAAACAGGAGUAAUUCAACACAUGACAAACGAUUAUGACAAAGUGCUAGAAGCACUUGAUUUGUUGGUUCCUUCUGGUCCCUCUCCUAUGGCUGCUGGAUUGUACAUGGCACUAGCAUGCUGUUUUGGUCAUGAUUCUAGUACCCACAUAGGAAAAAUACCUGUAAAGAGCAGAAUUAUAAUGUUCAGUGAUGGUAAAGGCACACUCGACAUAAAAUCGUCAGGAGACGACGACUUUGAAUCACCGCUUGACUUUCUGAAAAGUGUGUGGUUAAAAGAAACUGCUGAAUAUUUAGAGAAACGAAGCAUCCGAGUUUAUACUGUAUCCGUGUGUAGCACGGAACCGGCUUCGCUAGAAGAAGUCUCUGAAACAACUCACGGAAAGAUGUUCAAGAGUACUGAAAUCAACAAGCUUGUCAAAAUGACUCAAAAUACGGCAACAGCAGCAAAGUUAGUUAAAAAUGGCUUUGAUUUCACUGAUUCACAAGUCGACGAUCCAGAAGUUAAAGAGGAAGUCCUACGUUAUAAUCUUCAAGGAGAAUGGGAAGACAUUGUUCUACAAGGAAAAUAUAUAGAGAAGAACUAUAACAUCAAUCACUAUACAGAGCUAGAAGAUAGUAACUUACCACCACUUGGUUCUCGGGUCAGAAGAAAGCCAGGAUGGAGGUAUGGGGACCAGGAUAAGGGCAGACCAGGGACGGUGGUAGGGCAUCAUAAAGAUCGUAUUUCAGUCUUUGUUGAAUGGGAUUAUGGUGCACUUAUCAUAUAUAAGUGUCAUACUCAUUUUGGUCAGGAUGUUAUUUUGGUCAACGAGCCGCGAGUCCUCAGGGAUGAAAUCAUUGCUGUUGGAUGUUGUGUUAAACGGGGAGUUGACUGGAAGUAUGGAAAUGAAGAUGGAGGUUUAGAAAGCAUUGGAGUAGUCCUAAAGGUCAACGCAAACGGAUUGAUAAUUGUCAGAUGGCCAGAUAAAACUAAACAUCAAUACAGAUUUGGAUUUGAUGGCUUGUUUGACGUACAGCUAUGUGAUGGAGUUGAAUCGAGUGGAAGAAAGGAAAUGACAUCACAAGCUGCAGGUGCAGAAAGCACCGAAUCAUACAUUGCGUCUGGUUCAUCCUCUGACCAUUUAGAAAAUCGUGAAAUAUAUCACCGGGAAUCGAAAGACGACAGAAGUAAUAAAGCAAAAAAGAGACCAAUGUCAAUCAAGGAGUUUAAUGAACGAAACCGUCAACUUCAAACAAAGGAAGGGAAAAGAACACCAGCAGUGCAAACCAAUUUUAAAACAUACGACGUUGCAUGGACAUAUAAAAAAGAUGGGAUAUGGUACAAUCUUCCUAGAGAUGUGAAUGAAAAAGUGGAAAAAGCAUAUGGACGAAACAAACAUGGUUCGACAAUUCUGGAACUUGAUGGAUGCAUAUGGCAAGCAUCAUUUUCCGACAUGAAGAUGGUGUGUCAGAAAACGCAUGCAGUUACUGAAAUAGUGAGACAUGAGGCCAGCAAUUAGACAAAGAAAUCAAAGGUGGUCACAGGAAAUUCUUACUCAACUAGUGUUACUUUCAAAGAGAACACAAUGAUAACAAAAGAUAUUAAAUUCCAAUUAGUCUGUGAUAGAUAUUUUGUUAAUUUUUACCUACUUACGAAAUAGCUUUCAAAUAUACUGAAGGUAUAAUAUAUACACUCAACAAAACUCACCCAGCAAAAUGUAUUUCCUUUAAAAAAUAAAAACAUGCAUUUGUCUUGCCGUCUGGGUGACUGCUUUCCACUUACCUGACUUAAGUGGUUACUUAAGUGGUUUUCUAUCACACUUUCACCAAAUAUUAAUAUCAAUCACAAAAAAUUGCCAAUCGUAUUAAGCGUGCGCCGAAAAGUACCAAUUUAAUAACUUGACGUUUCGUCAUGGGUAAGUAAUUUCAAACGAUGUUGUUUUAUUUUAGCUGUCUAUUGAUGACAAGACAUUUCAGUUACGAAUUGUUCAAAAUUUUACAUCAUUUAUUAUUAUUCUUUUUAACAGGGUGAAACACUUAUACUCUGUCCCAAGAUAUCCUUGAUUUACAUUUUGCUUAAUUGCAUGAUAUUUAUAAAUACCUCAGGGUUCAAACGAUUUUCAUUCAAACGUAUGAAAAAUUUCCAAGAUUUCUCAGUCGAAAUGCCCCCUAGCUUAUCAGGUUUCAAUACAAUGCUAAAAAUGUGAUGUCUACAGGGAUUUUGCAUUGCAACAAGCCCAGAUGAUAACGUUGUAAAAUUGCGCAUGUUCGGGUGUGUUCCGAAUGGAGAAAAGAUGUAAGCAUUCCCCUUAAUAAUUCCCCGUAAGAAAUCUGUUUUCGUUCCUGUGAAUUUUUCCGAGUGAAAGAUGAAAAUGUGUCAAUGAAAUUAUCUUGGAAAUUAUCCCUUUCAACUAUUUCAAUUGCACUUCUUUCACAGGUACAUGUAUGUGUAUUUUUAUUAGAAAUCGUCCAAAUGUCUUGGGACAGACUUUAGAAGUUUUGUUGAGUGUACAUUAAGCAAAUGUUACUUUUCAUAAGACAUUCCUUUUUUGUAUGUGAACAGUUCUUAAUCUUCAUUCAGAUCUUUUUUGAACUUGUAUUAUCAUAAAAUAUUGGCUAUUUUGUGUUAUGAGAUUUAAUGAUUAAAAUAAAAAAUGAGCAGAAGUUGG